UCUUUCCUACUGAUCCAUAUCACAUGAUUCGGAUGGGCAUAACCCUCCAACGCCAGCUCCUGCUGCGACCCGACUGGUGGGUGAUUGGAGGUCUCUUGGCUGGAGCUACAGUUGUGCUCUGCUUGUGUCUUGCAGUACUGAUCUUGUUCAGGGAGCACGGCUGGCCAGAGAAGCUGCCUUCUCAGGCCAGGUACCGGGAACUACAGCUCAAGUACAACAUGGAUGACUAUUCAUCAAAAGGUUCCAGGGUCAUAGCACUGAAAAAGAUGCACAGAAACUUAGAGGUUGGGAUGAACGAGGAUCCAGUGCUGAGAGCUAUGGCUGUAACAUCAGACGAGUUCUGGGACUAUGAGAAGCAGGUGAACCUGGAGGCUUUCAGUUCCAGCACAUUCUAUGACAUCUUGCUUAAGCACAAUGUGUCUGUCACCACCCGGCUUGGGCAGUUCAAAGAAGAGGUGAAGCAGCUCUAUCAAGGGGUGCUGGAAAAGGUGCAGGGACUCCAACCUGGCCCAGGGGCUGUGGUGGUAGGGGGCAAGCUGGAGUGUUUGGAGAAACAAGUGGAGCAAGAGAUAGCACGCAGGAAAGUUCUGGGCACUCAGAUUUCCCAGCUGCUGGACAGCCAGCUUCAGAUCCUCCGGAAUGAGUCCCAGUCCCAGCAUGCCAUGCACAAGGCUUUCUCAGCACUCCUCAGAGAAUGCUUUCGGUUGCUGAUGCUGGUUUCUGACAACCAGACCUCUCUCUGGAACAAACACAUCCAGCAAUGUGUUAUGGAUAGAUUGCAUGUGCUGGCUGAGGAGAUGGCAGAGCUGGUCUCAAUGGAGGCGCAGCGGCAGGGUUGCUGGGGCGUGCUCAAACAGGGGACUGGAGCACGGCUACUGUGCCCCACUUCUGGAUCGGUCCUCACUAGGGAUGACAUUAUUGCACCUGAUGGGUCUGUCCAGGCAUGCGAUACAGUCCAUGUGGACCCCUGCACAGGCCUCAUCCAUCCAAUCCCGAAUGCCCACAUGCUCCUAGCUAGUGGCCACAGCAUGCCCGUGCCCUCUGACUUCUUCGUGCAUCCUCAGACUGGCCGGCUGCUCCCAGUGGCAGGGAAUGUAGGAUUUGACUCCUCCAGCUCCACCCUUGUAUGCACAGUGGAUGCUUGUGUGGGUGAGGUUGGAAAAUGGGAGUGUCCUGUGCUUCCCUUCAUUCCCUACCCUUCAUCUCGCCACUCUGAGCUGCUAGGGCCAUCCAAGUUGAGAAGCCUCCAAACAGGCCAGAAGCUUGUAUUUGGAGGACCCAUGUGUGACUUUGAAUCUGGCGUACUUGUCCCGAUCCUGGCAGUCACCAUCCACCCCCAGACGGGGAUGGUGUACCCGGUAGGUGGUGCUCAUGUGUGCCCUGUGACGCGACUCCGGCAGCCCAUUCAGAUUGGUUGUCCAAUGCUGGAUCCUCGCACGGGCAAUGUGGUACUCAUAACAGGUGUUAGUCUGGACUCACAUACAGGUGCAGUGCUUCCAGUAGGAGGUCUCCUGCUGGGCGAAACCUUCAUCGAGCCCCUGAGUGGCAGGCUGGUGCGUGUUGGUGGCGGCAGCCUCCGGGGAGGAAAAGUGGUGCCACAUGCAGGGGGUUUCCAGGCUCUACUGGACAGCCAAGCUCUUGGUGCGCGGGUGGGGGUGGUGGAGCUGAUACGGGCCUACUGUGACGGGUGGAAAUCUGGGAGUCUGGACCUCAACAAUGAGAUUAGCAGAGUGAAGACAGCUGCCUCAGAUUUGGAGCAAGCCUGGAGGAACAGUCAGGACUGCAUGCUUCAGCUGCUAAGUUGUCUGGAGGCUCAGCAGGAGUGGGCCUGGUGGGUGGCUGAAGAUGGGGGCAGUCUAGGCGAAAUCAGUCUGCCUGGCCUUGAGCUGUCCCUGCCCGCUCUGCCAGGACUGGAAUAUCCGGACCCUGGAGGUUCUGGCUUAUCAGUCCCUGUUCUCGGUGUGCAGCUGGACUGGAUGUCAGGGUGUAUGGUGCCUCUUGCUGGAACAAUGGAAGAUCCAGAUGGCAAGGGGCUGGUUCCGAUCCGCUUUGGGGCACAGACUAUAGACCCUGUGACAGGGGUCGUGGCUCCGGUGGUAGGAGCUCGGCUAGACGUCUGGAAGAGGACUGUAGUCCCAGUGACCGUCUCUCAGUGCCUGACCAUAAGAGAAGCUCCAGACAUUGUGCUGGCGGAGGCCUUACAGAAGGAGUGCAGCAUGAGGGCCCAGUUCUGGAGACAGCAGAGAGUAAAGGAAGAAGAACUAGUGGCAGAUUUAGACAGAGCUCUGAGGGACUGCCUUUACACAGCAUUACAUGAAGAGCCAGAUCAUCUUGUGUGGACAGACACAGAUAAGCAAAUAAGGGAGACAGCAGCAGAACUUCAGGAGGCAGACUAUAAAGAGGCUCAGAGAAGAAAUGCUGUAAACUCGGAGCUGUCUCUCCUGCUGCCUCGACACAUCCUACUCACUCUUACUGGAGGUGAUGAAGAAGAGUGGAAGCAGCAGCGUCACUGGCAUGCUGAACUGACCGCAGUGUUGAAUAGAGUGAGUGUAUUUAUGGCAAGGCAGCAGUGGGAGCAAGAUCGGUCCACACCUCUGGGUGAUGAGCAAGCGGAUGAAAAGGCAUGGCAGAAGGAGCUGUGGGAGCAAUUAAAUCAGAGAUACACCGAGCUGGAUGUUGCUCUUUCUUCAUUGCACUGCACCUGCAAGAUCAGCCAGCUCCGUGCUGCUACUACAGAGGGCAUAUUAUCAGGCUCAUUCUCGUAUAGGGAUUAUUGUAUGGUGCAGCCCAGAGGCAGAAAAAACCCUUUGAAAGCAAUGGCCCUGACUCAGCACAAAAUCCUCUCUCAGUUAGAGCGCCUCAUUCAGCUGCUGGAGGAUGGCAAACUUUCCAGUCUCUUCAUCAGAGGCCAGAGCCAGCAGAACUCUGACCUGCCAGUGAAGCAGGCGUUUGACAGGGACACAGGCUCUAGAGCAUGGACUGUGUCAGUCCCUGUAGCUAAAGAUGCCAAUCAGUCUUGCUGUGCAGCAGUUUCCACUCAAUCCCUGAAAGAUCAUGAAAAGGCUUCAUCUGUGAGCGAGCUAAAUGGCUUGAAGGGUGUAUUGUCCAGUACAUCUCCUUCACACAGAGAACAGGAUGUAAGCCCCGCUCAAAGCCAGGAUCUCAAGGAGACGACAUUUCCCGUGCACAUGACAGUCCCCAAACUGUCAGGUGAGGACUGGGCCAGUUUGUUGGAGCUCUCACCACUCUUCCGGCUUAUCCAAGAUGUGGAACAGCGGCUCAGAGACCAAGCAAAGAACGCUGGCCUGCUUAGCGGCUCAGGGUGCACCUUUAUUGAUUUCUUGGAUGCACAGUGGGAUUGUGAGGGAGAGCUCGUCCAAGUAGGUGCUGACACUCUUAAUCCCCGCGAGUUUCUCAUCUACCAGCACGGCCAGCUUCUUCUCCAACUGCUACACACACACAGAGUGGCACCAGCAGUGAAAUUACACCUCGCCUCAAGACUUCCUUCAAAUAACUACUGCUGCAAUUCCUUCCGUAAUUCCUUUUAUUACCAGGAGAUGGAUAACAUUCUGUACGUGCGACAGCAGAGACUGCAGUCCGUAGGAGGUUUCUCUCUGCUGCUUAUGCACUGUGCUGCUCACAUAUCCACUGGCCAACUUACUGUUGACACAACUGUUGCCUUCCAAAGGGCUUUCUUUAAGGUCCUGCAAGUGUGCCUAAGUGAGUUGUUCUAUGCCAGAUUAGAGCCUGAUUCAGCUGAAGGAAAGAAGCAAAGCACUGACUCAGCCCUUAAUAGCCUUGUGUUCGAGAGAGUGCAGAAAUGCGACCCAGGGACUUUGUCUGAGAACCUGAAUGAGGUGGCCAGGCUGCUAGAGAAGCACAAAGAAAGUUCAGUGUUCAGGAAAGUAGAAAGCCUGCUGAGAGAUAAGAACCUGGAGGUCAGCCCAAGAGACAGUGAGCCGCCAAUUAAACAUGGAGCAGAAGGCCAGGGCGUUGCGCCAGAGUGAAGUGAUGAAUCGGUCUUGAAAUACGAGCACUGCUGCCUUUCACUGAAUAUGACAAGACCAACUAUCUCAUCCAAACUACUGUAAGCUGCUCCAUGGGAGACAGAUGGCGGCGGAGACGAUGGCUUUGCUUUGGAUUGAGGACGUUCGAGUAACUACAAAAAGAAGCACAUGGAACACACAUUAAACAACAUUAAGCAAAAAGGAAAAAUCCAAAUGAUGACAAACAAUAAGUAAGGACAUGAAUGUAAUGCAAAUCAGUGUACAUUAUAACGUUAAGAUAAUUAUUCUGAGGUGGAUGGAAAACUACUAAAAUGCAAGAUUGUGUAGUCAGUUAUUAAACUAAGUAACAGUAAUUGGUAUACGUUUAAAAAAGCUUGAAUAUUAAAUGUGCAAAUUAUGAAAGCUUUCAAUAUUUCAUAAAGCAAGGUCCUAUUUCAAAUGAGGUCAUUACAGGAAAAAUAUAUAUACAGCAUUUUGACAGUUUUUUCUUUGAUAAUGUUUGCACACUUGGGACUGAACAGAGUUAUCCAGCUCUGUGGACCUGUUGAUGGCACAAAGUUUUCUAAGGGCAGAGCUGGAAUGCUUCAUUUAUUAUUUUUUCAAUAAACAUCUCUACAUAUUUAUUGUUGUAACA